AUGCCCUCGUCGACGGUGGGCGCCGAGGAACUGUUCCUCGAGUCCGGGGUCUCUACUCACCAUAUUCCUAAUAUUUUGCCGCAUGAGCGCGUUUUCCCCGUCCAGCUUGGGUCUGAGCUGUUCAAGCUCUCUGGCGCAUCGAUAUCAUCUGAUGCACCCUCGUACUUUUCCCAGUACUUUAGAUGUCAAGUGAAGCGGGCCGAGGAAGCGGGCCAGGAUAUCGGUUCGGCCAUCCGCACCCUCUACAUCGACCGUGACCCCAUCACCUUCCGGGACAUCUCACUGCAUCUCCAGGGGUACCACGUGCAACCCCGCGAUGCGACACACUUUGUGCGCCUGUUCGCCGACGCUCAGUUCUACCACCUCCCCAAACUAGUAUCACAGCUCUACGAAGAACCCAUCUUCACCACCAUCGGCGGCGUGCAAUUCCGCAUCCCGCGCGAUCUGUUCUCGGCGCCCGGCAACUCGCCCAACUUCUUCACGCUCGGCUUCGCCGCCUUCUUCUCGGCCCCCGGCGGCGACCUCUUCCCGGGCCUCGACCGCGAGGGCCUGCUCCGCCCGCCUUCCAUCAUCCCGCCCUCGGUCGAGGGCCGCUCCCCCGAGACAUUUGCGGAGCUGCUGCACCUGCUGCGCGGCUACCCCGUCGCCAUCCGCGGCGAGCAGCACCGGGCCGAGCUGUUGCGGGACUGUCGGUAUUUUAAUUUUAAGGGGUUGGAGCAGCGGCUGAUUCCGUCGGCCGUGUCGUUUAAUUUGGCGAGGGGGAGGGAUGAGAUUGUGUUGAGGUUGCGGGAUAUCCUGAAGAGUGGGAUUGCCGUGGCCGCGGAGCCGACUGCGACGGACCCGCGCGCGGGGUGGGUGAACUAUGGGCGGCCGUUUGUGGAUGAGCGGGCGUUGGAGUUAGUGCUCGAGAUCGGGGACGAGAGUACCCGGCUGCGGAUCGUGCCGGGCCAGGGGGCGGGGGAGGGAGCAGUGGAAGCGCGGGCCGAGUUCUUUGGUGAGAUGCGCGCGCGCGUGACGAAGUUGCUGGAGGUCGUCGCCACGAAGUUGGGUUUGCCACCUACCGCACAGCUAGGGGGGUUGUUGAUGGGGAAGGGCACCGGGGGCAGCGCGCCGCCUUCGCCGGGGAACACGCCACUGAGCGAGGACCUCGUUAAGGUGCUGCUUGACUCCGAAUCGAGCGUAAUGUUGGACGGCAAGCCGUGGACGCCGGUCCCCGAAGAGGAGCAGUUGGCGUGGACGACGGGAAGCAUAGACGCUGCGCUGAUGCCGCGGAAGCGGAAGCGGGUGGAUGAACAAGGCGACGCUGAGGAGUGGAUUGUCAAAACUGGGCAGUGGCGGUUGAGGCUCCAGGGGGCGAGAAACGGAAAGGCAGCCGUCGAGUGUUGCUUAGUGGCCGUCAAGUUGGAUGCCUACAGUUCGGAACGGGCGCGGAACGGGCAGAGGCCGUUUCUGGGUGGUUAG